AUGGAGCAGCAGACACAUUGGCAAUGCAUCUCUGAAGAGCUCAACCUGGGGAAAAUCCACCUGCUUCUGUCUCCCAAUGGCCGAGAGAACAAGACAGCCAUGGUUGUGGGGACGGUCACAGAUGAUGUGCGGAUUCUCGAAGUGCCUAAACUGAAGGUGUGUGCACUGCGGGUGAGCAGCCACGCCCGAAGUCGCAUCCUCAAGGCUGGGGGUAAGAUCCUCAUCUUCGACCAGCUGGCCCUGGAGUCUCCCAAGGGCCGUGGCACUGUGCUCCUGUCUGGUCCUCAGAAGGGCCGAGAGGUAUACCGGCAUUUUGGCAAGGCCCCAGGAACCCCACACACCCAUACCAAACCCUAUGUCUGCUCCAAGGGCCGGAAGUUCGAACGUGCCAGAGGCAGAAGGGCUAGCCGUGGCUACAGAAACUAACCUUGGAUCUUACUGUUAUUAAAAAAAAGUUUUGAAUGUUAAAAAAAA